AUGACGUGCAAUGAAUCCAUUCUUGUUUUGAAUUUGGUGUACAGUGCUCGUGUCAUGUGCGUAUUACAUAGGGUUAUGGGGUUUGGAGAGCUAGACUAGUUGUAAAUGUGAAACUGCUUUGGUGGUGAAACGACGGCUUUUGCUUGACAAGAAGACCAAACUUGGAGAGAAAUAACUGGACGAAUUCGAAAUGGACGACUCAUCCCCACCCGUAGCUUUUAUUUUGCUUCUUUGUACUUUAGGGGAUAUUGGAAGCGCAGCUUCAGCAGACACGCCCCCUCGUCCUGGUAGCUGGGAAGUGAGUGACAAUCAGGGACGCGUGUGUAUGCUGUUGUCGUUCUCUGCGCAGAUUUCAGUACACGAGAAAACUGCAGGACACGAGAAUAGAGUACUCAACAUCCUGCCUUCCUAUAACUCUAAGACGUCGUGCCUGACGCCGUAUCGAGAAGUGAUUUUCGCUCCGUCCAGUGGCACUUCAUAUCCCAAACUGCAGCUGACAUUCUAUCUCGACCCCAUCAAGCAGGUCUACACCAUGGCCAAGGUUGUUGCUCAGUGGUACGACGCCAGCCUGGACGAGCCCUUUACGGAACAGAGAAUCAGCGACAACUUUCUCAGUGCAUCCGUUGCCGUGGAGAACUCCUACUAUUGCGAGGAUGAGAUGACGGUGGAUCUAGACGGCGGCGAUGCGUCCGUCCACAUGUGGAAUAUGCACCUGCAGCCCUUCUCCGAUGAGUCCGGAGGGGUGUAUGGGCCAAAGCAAAACUGCGAUUCCGGAGCGUGGAUCAUUGCCGCUUGCACGCUGAUCGGGGUAGGGGUAUUCAUGGUGUUUGCUGGAAUGGGCGUCUACGUGCUCAAACGCAGGAGGAGGAACGACUACGCCCACUUGCAAGGCGGCGGCUACCCACAGCAUGACAGCAUUGCCCAACCCUCGACAAGCAUUAGUUGAAUAUUCCAUGUCCGAUUAUCCUAGUUAAUUGUAAAUAAAUGGUGAAUUGCUUUGAAGAAAUACAUUUUGCAAAGAAAAAAAUCCAUCAAACAAUUUACAAUUUUACGAUUAGUGCCUGCGAGGGAAAUUGUAAGUGAUUGGGCAUAUAGUCUAAAUUUUCCUGUGCAAUUUUCAGUUGGACGUUCCUCGAAAAGGACUUAAAAAUGAGGAU